ACUAUCAUUGUUCUCUGUAAAGAAUUUUAAAAUAAACCAGCCCUGGUGAAACAUACAAGAGUUUAUGCAGGAAUAUGACCUCGCUGCUACGGUUCCAGAGGCAUUUCUCGCCCAGUGAUUCGUUUAUUGCUGCAGGAAAGAAACCCUAUCAGUGUUCAUUGUGUAAGACCAUUCUUUCCAAUAAAACAGAUUUGGUACAACAUUUACAAAUUCAUAAAGGAAAGCAACCAUAUCAGUGUUCAGAUUGUCUGAAAGAGUUUUCAGAUAAACUAAAGCUAGAAGAGCAUUUAUUACUUCAUGAAGAAAGGAAACCAGAUGAGUCUUCAGUGUGCCUAAAAACCUAUAAAAAUAAAUCGGCUAUAGAAAAGCACGCAGAUGUCCAAACAGAUAAGAAGCAAUAUUUAUGUUCCGUGUGCUUAAAGGACUUCUCACACAAAUCAGAUCUAGUUAAACAUACAAGAAUUCAUACUGGAGAGAAACCCUAUCAGUGUUCAGAAUGUCUAAAAGUCUUUUCACAAAAUUCACAUCUAAUACAGCAUAUGAGAGUUCACACAGGAGAGAAACCUCAUCAUUGUUCAAUGUGUCUAAAAGACUUUUCACAUAAAUCAGCUCUCAUAAAACAUAUAAGAGUUCAUACUGGAGAGAAACCAUAUCAGUGUCCAGAAUGUCAAAAAGGCUUUUCACAAAAUUCCCAUCUAGUACAGCAUCUAAGAGUCCAUACAAGAGAGAAACCCUAUCAUUGCCCGGAAUGUCUAAGAGAAUUUUCACACAAAUCAGCUCUAGUAAAGCAUAUGAGAGUUCAUACAGGAGAGAAACCAUAUCAGUGUUCAGAGUGUCAAAGAGACUUCUCAGAUAAAUCAGUUUUAGUAAAACAUAUGAGAGUUCAUACUGGAGAGAAACCAUAUCAGUGCUCGGUGUGCUAUAAAACCUUUUCUCAUAAGUCGGCUUUAGAACAACAUAAGAGAGUUCAUACAGGGGAGAAACCUUUCCAGUGUUCUGAGUGUCUAAAGGAAUUUUCACAAAAUUCAAAUUUACUAAAACAUAUGAGACUUCAUUCAGAAGAGAAAUAAAAAUUGAGAGCAGAGCAGUAUUUAUAAGUCAAUCAUAUUUAGGUCUGGAAUCCCUACCAUAUUCUGUGUAACAGAACGAUGAAUCUCUCUCAUUUGGCUGAAUAUUUGUAAAAAUGCUGGAUUUUUACACAGAGUUGACAGGUGUCUGGAUAUACUCUAGAAAUUAGCUAGGAUUGAAAUAUGAACCGACAGUUUUCUCAGCGAGGAACUAUCGGUUCCCAUUAAACUGUUAAAACUACUUACUCAACCAUACUCCUUUGAGAGAAAUAACAUAUAUGUUUGAAAGUUCAUUCAGGAGAGAACCAUAUCAUUGUAUGGAGAAUCUGAGAAAUUUUUGGGGUGCAUACAUAAUCUGGUGAAAUAUAUCAGUCACUGGAAUGUAUAUUUAUAAUUAUAGACUGUAGUUAAUCAACAAAUGAUGAAGAUAAUGCCUUUCUUGAUCCUCCUUUCAUCUAGAUGUAUGUUGGGAACUUGUAGAAGUUCUGAACUCUUUAUAUUUUAGUAGUACAUCACAACUUGAGCCUGGAACUGCAAAAUAGCUGUAGAAGAUCACAUCUAAAUUAUACCUUUAAAUACAUGGCUAUAAUUUUAUCAAAUACAUUAGCAGAGCUAAUGGGUAUCGAGUUUCAAAUGCAUAAGAUAAGUCUCCAUGUGUUUGAUAUUGAAAGUCUUUCACACACUGCAUUCUUGUAGAUUUCAUCCAUAGUCACUUCUUACUUUGGUCAGCCAUAAAAGUCACCAAAUGUUGCUGUUUGUGUUUACUUAUGUUUUUAGCAUAUGUACACCAAGAGUGCUUUCAUCAUUUUCGUAGGAAUUAAAAUAUUCUUGAGUGGUGGUGUACAGUUGAGGUGCAGCCUUACUGGCCCUCAUUUAUUUAUUUGAUAGGCUUUAAACCUAACAAACUGUUAAAUUUAGUUAAAUCUUUCAUCUGUUCAUGAUGAUAAAUGCCUUUGCUUUAUAACAAUUCAAGCUGUGUUCCUUAGUAGUAUAUUAGUAACUUCUUUGUAACCCCAUUUUUUAUACUGAAUGCAAAUACAGUUGAAUCUCUGUAUCCUGACCCUGUUAAGCCAGAAAUUCAUGGUGGUGAAUUGAUAAUUUCUAAAUGUUAAUAAAAGUUUUCUCUUACAGUUAAACCUGUAAGACCUGCCUAGCAUGGGCCAUAGGCCUACUGCAGUGUUACUUUCUUAUGUUCUUGUGUAAGAAAAGUGUAAAAAAUACUUUUCCCGUGAGAUGAACGUUGACCUGGACUAUUAAAUAUGGUCUGGUAUCACCAACAGUCGUGUGAUGAGAGAGGGGUGCAGCAUCUGCAGUGUAUAUCUUGGUGUUCAUCCAGAGCAGUCAUGAGAGACAUUAUAUAAUAUACCCUCAGCUAGGCUGUAUACUUGAUAAUUAAUUUUUAUCAUUUUUUUUGUGGUGGUAUGGUAACUAAUUGAGGCUGCAGUAUCAUCAGCAGCCUAAAUGGUGUCAAGCAAGAUAUCCAUUGUAUUGCUACAUAACAACAAUUAAGCCUUAAAAGUUAUAGGCCAAUAACUACAGUUGCCUCCACUGCUUGCAAGCCUUAAAAAAUUGUAAUGGCCAUUAAAUAAUUCUGACUAUGAUGCUGUGGCAAACUAAGGAUAAGGUUUAUCAUAACAGCAAUGAUGGCAGUGCACACAUUAUUAAAACCAUGUUUUAAGGCCCAGUUUUGCAAUGAAUUACAAAUUUUCACAAAUUAUUUAAAUUAAUACAUCACUUGUUUCAAAACAAUUGGAGAGGAAAUACUGUGCCAAUUAAAGCUUGGACUGACAACAAUACUUUUUCAUACCUUGUAGUGUACAGUACAGUGAACCCUUCAUAAAAUGGACUAAUGAGGGGAAGGGGAUGUCUCCUUUAACAAAAACCCAUUAUAUUGAAGGUUUCCACUUAAUUGCUUGGCUAUCAGAUACAAGCAAAUGCCCAAUAAAACAGACUUUGUCUGCUGGAAUAAACUAGUGUACAGUACAGUAUUACACCACAGUACUGUACAAUACAGCUGUACCUGAAAAAAUUAACUAAAAGUACAGUACAAUAAUUUUUGUUACCUUUUCUUGUGGAUAGAUGAGCUUACAGGUGUACAAUUUCCCAUGUGGUCUAAUGGUGACCCAGAAUAAUUUAAUCUGAUUCAGAGGAGCUGUAAAGCUCUAGCAGUAUCAAUCCUUUAAAGACCAUGGCGGUGCUGAUUUACCAGUGACUACGAGCUUCAAACAAUGCAUACCCUUAGCAUUACUACGGCAUAAUACUGAGAAGUGGUUUUACUGAAUGGCCUUUGCUGAGCCUAUGGCCUGGUGGCUUUUCCUCAUGCUGAUAGACUAGAGUGUGAGAAAGUAAUAUUGCCAACCAGACCAGUUUCAUUAGCAUUAUAGAGUCGAGAUAGAAGGAUGUCUUAAUCAUUAGCAUUAUAGUCAAGAUAGAAGGAUGUCUUAACUCUACUUCAAAUCAUUUAGUAAUACAGCCUCUCCUCACUUAGCAACGUAUUCGUUUACCAAUGACUCGGACUUAAAAUGGGCUCUCUGACCAGUAUGUAUACCUAAAUAAUGUAUAUUAGAGCUGAUCUCCUCUACUCUGUUUAUUAUGAUAUACAGUACACUACUGUAUAUUGUAAGGAGGGGUGUUAAUGUUGCAGUUUUAUAACUGUAGUGUAAAGCACCCCUCUGGCAAAACAGUGAUGGAGUGAAUGAUGAUGAAAGUUUUUAUUUUUUGGGCCAACCUGCAUUUGUGGGAAUCAGCCGAUGUGUUAAUAAAAAUAUACUGUAUAAACAUUUAAAAUGUACUAAAAAUGUUAUGAAUGGUGCAACGGUGACAUUAAAACAAUAUCAAAGAUGGUUGACACAAACCCACUACCUUUAUACUAUGCUCCUUGCUUAGCAACGAAUUCGUUUACCAACGUGGUCUUAAGAAUGGAACUCCAUUGUUAAGUGAGGAGAGACUGUAAUUAUAAUUCUUCAGUAUUUGUGCUUGGUUGUUACAAAUAAGAAAUAGCAGUGAGAAUGAGUAUGAAGGUAACAAAGAUGUAGUGUGUUAUAAUAUGAUGUAGUGAUGAACAACACUAUAUGGAGUACGAACUGUUAUCAAAUAUUCCUGUGUCUUCUACAGUGAUAUAUAUAAACUAUUUAUGUUUCUUGGUAACUGAGGAUAUAUGCUAAAGUUAGAAGGCAAGAAAUUUGCCAGGUACAAUAUUGAGUAUUAUUAUUCAUUCCUCUGUUUUGUCCCUCACUUGGGCUCUGGUUUCUCCUAACUCAUAAAAAAGAAAUUUACAA